AUGCUAAAGUCGAUUGGGAGUCUGUGGCAGGCCACCAGACAGCUAUCUGUGAAGAUCCCGCGAGCCAACAAGAUGCCGCCACGGCCCAAGGUGGUUGAGACGGAUAUUCAGGAGAAGUUCAUCAAGGGCGGGUCCGGAAAGGGCGGCCAGAAAAUCAAUAAGACAAAUUCCAAGGUUCAGCUCACGCAUAUCCCGACCGGGCUUGUGGUGACGUCGCAGGCUACACGGUCGCGCGAGCAGAACAGGAAGAUUGCGCGGGAGAUCAUGGCCGCGAAGAUCGACGAGAUGGAAAACGGAGAACACAGCAGAGCUGCCAUAGUCAAUCUUCGCAGAAAAAUGGUCAAGGAACGGGCAUCGCGCAAGUCCCGCGCAAAGUACAAGGCCCUCGAGGAAGAGAAGAAGGCCAAGGGGGAGGAAUGGGACGUGGUGAUCGAUCUGGACGAAGAACAAAAACAUUGA